UUAAUAUUGUUUUCGACCGACUGAAGGAGACGAACAUCUUCGCUCUCUCUCUUAACUUCCCUCCAUUCAAUUCGCUUCACCGGAAAACCACAUUUCCCGAUGUGAAAAUUGCCACCGGAAAACCACCAUAUCCUCCUCCGGCCAUGUCUCUGGCCUCGCGAAACUUCAUCUUCUCCUUCUUCUUCGCUCUGUUCUUCGUUGUCUCCUCCGACGAGCUCCAAGUCCUCCUCAAGCUCAAAUCCUCGCUCGCUGAUACGAAUUCCGUCUUCUUCGAUUCAUGGAGACCGGAUUCCGUCGCCGGAGCUUGCGGAUUCUCCGGAAUUAUCUGUGAUUCUACAGGCUCCGUCGAGGAGAUCGAGCUCGGGAAUAGGAAUUUAUCUGGGAAUUUCCCGUUCGAUUCGGUCUGCGAGCUCCCAAAUCUGAGGAAACUCUCUCUGGGAUUCAAUUCCUUGUCAGGGAUGAUCCCACACGAUUUGGGGAAUUGCACUAAUCUGCAGUAUCUCGAUCUGGGCAACAAUCUGUUCUCUGGUUCGUUCCCUGAAUUCUCCUCUCUGAGUCAAUUACAGUAUCUGUAUCUGAACACAAGCGGAUUCUCUGGCGCGUUUCCAUGGAAAUCGCUUCGAAACGCGACGGGUCUCGUCGUUUUGAGCCUCGGAGACAACCCUUUUGAUACGACGCCGUUUCCUGAUGAGAUUCUGUCUCUGAAUAAGCUCCAGUGGUUGUACCUCUCGAACUGCAGCAUCGCCGGAAAAAUCCCGCCGGCGAUCGGGAACUUGUCGGAGCUGCAGAACUUGGAGCUCUCCUACAACAGUCUCACCGGAGAUAUUCCACCGGAGAUCGGGAAGCUCACGAAGCUGUGGCAGCUCGAGCUCUACAGCAAUUCCUUGACGGGGAAGCUUCCUUUGGGACUCAGGAACUUGACGAAUCUCAGAAACUUCGAUGCUUCGACGAAUCUACUUGAAGGAGACUUGUCGGAAUUAAGGUUCCUGACGAAUCUUGUGUCUCUGCAGCUCUUCGAGAACGAGCUCUCCGGCGAGAUUCCGACAGAGUUUGGUCAGUUCAAGGAGCUUGUUAACUUGUCUCUGUAUACAAACCAGUUGACGGGUCCUCUGCCUCAGGAACUCGGAUCCUGGGCCGAUUUCGACUUCAUCGAUGUGUCAGAGAAUCUUCUCUCCGGACCAAUCCCUCCGGACAUGUGCAAACGCGGAACCAUGAAAGCUCUCCUGAUGUUGCAGAACAGAUUCACAGGGUCGAUACCGGAUUCUUAUGCCAACUGUUCGACUCUGGAACGUUUCAGAGUGAGCAACAAUUCGCUAACUGGAUCAGUUCCCUCGGGUUUAUGGGGCUUACCGAAACUCGAAAUUCUCGACAUCGCUAUGAAUCAGAUCGAAGGUCCGAUCUCGACAAGCGUCAAGAAUGCUAAAAUGCUCGGGAAAUUGUUAGCAGGGUUCAACAAGUUGUCGGAUGAGCUGCCGUCGGAGAUCGAUGGAGCUGAAUCUCUGGUCGCUCUCGAGCUUAACAAUAACCAUCUUUCGGGCAGAAUCCCGAGCUCUGUUGGGAAGUUGAAGAGACUUAGCAGUCUGCAGCUGCAGUGCAAUCUCUUAACUGGUAGUAUACCGGAUUCAGUAGGCUCUUGUGCCGCUCUCAGCGAUAUAAACAUGGCCAAGAACUCACUUUCCGACGAGAUUCCGGCCACGUUUGGAUCUCUCCCGACACUGAAUUCGUUGAAUUUGUCGGAUAAUAAGCUUUCGGGCAAGAUUCCGCAGAGUUUAGGGUCACUUAGGCUUAGUCUUCUUGAUCUGUCUAACAACAGACUGUCGGGUCCUGUUCCGCAAUCGCUGUCCAUCGCGGCUUAUAAUGGUAGCUUCGAUGGAAACCCUAGCCUCUGCAGCAUGACAAUCAAGUCUUUCAACCGAUGUUCCGCUUCUUCUGGAUCGCAUCGGGACACGAGAAUCUUUGUGUUGUGUCUGGUUUUAGGUUUACUGAUCUUGAUCACGACCCUCGUUUUUUUCUUGUACUCGAAGAAACGUGAGGAGGAUCUCGACCGCAAACUCAGACGAGAAUCUUGGAGCCUGAAAUCGUUCCGCGUGCUGAGUUUCACAGAAGACGAGAUCCUCGACUCGAUCAAAGACGAGAAUUUGAUCGGUAGAGGAGGGUGCGGAGACGUAUACAGAGUAGCACUCAGAGACGGGAAAGAACUCGCGGUGAAACACAUACGAAACAGCAAAGAUCUUCAAGCUGAUAACAAAACCCGAAGCUCGACACCGAUACUCACAGAAUGGGAACGGAAAUCGAAAGAAUUCGACAGAGAGGUCGAAACACUGAGCUCGAUAAGGCACGUGAACGUAGUGAAGCUAUAUUGCAGCAUAACGAACGAGGACUCGAGCUUGUUAGUGUACGAGCACUUGUCAAACGGCAGCUUAUGGGAUAUGCUUCACACAUGCAAGAAGAAAUCGGAUCUGAAUUGGGUAACGAGGUACGAGAUCGCUCUAGGCUCGGCUAAAGGGCUCGAGUAUUUGCAUCACGGGUACGAGAAGCCGGUGAUUCACCGGGAUGUAAAGUCCAGUAACAUAUUGUUAGACGAGUUCUUCAAGCCAAGGAUAGCCGAUUUCGGCCUCGCAAAGAUCCUCCAGGCCAAGAAUGCAGGUCUCGAUUCGACCCAUAUCGUCGCUGGGACGUACGGAUACAUCGCUCCAGAGCAAGGAUACACAUGGAAGGUGAACGAGAAAAGCGACGUGUACAGCUUCGGGGUGGUGUUAAUGGAGAUAGUGACGGGGAAGAAAGCGAUAGAGGAGACGGAGUCGGGGGAGAAGAAGGAGAUAGUGAAGUGGGUGAGCGAGAAUCUGAAGGGCAAAGAGGAGGUCAUGGCAAUGGUGGACAAAAGGAUAGAGGAAAUACACAGAGAAGAUGCCAUCAGGAUACUGAGGAUAGGGAUCAUGUGUACGGCCAGGGUUCCGAGCUCGAGGCCGACCAUGAGGAAAGUGGUCGAGAUGAUUGAAGACGCCGAGCCUUGCAAACUGGUUGGCAUUCUCAUUAGCAAAGACAAAAAGUAAAUGAUCUCAAGAUUCAGACACUAAUACAUACAUAUAUAUAUAUAUAUAUAUAUAUAUAUACACAUUAGAUGUUCUUAGAGCCUUUUUUUGUUUGCAGAUGGUGUGAAAUAGGUCUUAAUCCUCAUCGUGUAAAUCUUUCAUGAAUCUUCUAAAUUUUGUAUUUCAAAACAUUUUUAUAUUUAGAAAAUGAACGGAGACUUACUUUUAA